CAGUAGCAGUAGCAGCAGCAGCUCUGUCCUGGAUCAGUGGAGAUGGGCUGAGGCGGAGAGGACACACUCGACAACACCGAGACCGUUUAGUGUAGCAGCUACAGAAGGGAACCCACGGGAAUUCUUCCCGGUCCUGCUUGCCCCCUCUCCUCUCCCGGCCCUAGCAGGCCAGGGAAUGUCCCGGCGGCGAGAUGCCUUACGUGGACCGACAGAACCGCAUCUGUGGCUUCUUGGACAUAGAGGAGAACGAGAGCAGUGGCAAGUUCCUGCGUCGUUACUUCAUACUGGACACGCAGCAGGGAAGCUUGGUGUGGUUCAUGGACAACCCACAGAACCUGCCUGUUGGUACAGAGUGUGUUGGCUCCCUCAAGCUCACCUACAUCUCUAAGGUCAGCGAUGCCACUAAGCUGAGGCCUAAGGCAGAAUUCUGCUUCGUCAUCAAUGCUGGGAUGAGGAAGUUCUUCCUGCAGGCCAACGAUCAGCAGGAUCUUGUGGACUGGGUCAACGCUCUCAAUAAAGCCACCAAGAUCACUGUGCCAAAGUUGCCUGAUGGGCAGCAGAAUGCAGAGAACCAGAAGACUUUGCCGGACGUGGUAGGGGCCAAGAAACAAGUCUCCUAUAAGACGGAGAUCAUUGGAGGAGUCCCCAUCGUCACCCAGACACAGCACGAUGGUGGCGAUGGUGCAGACAGAGCAGAGCGUGAGGCCAUGCAUCGGUCCCACAGCCAGCUGCCGUAUUUCCUGGGCAGGCCGACUCAGGAGCACACCGUCAUCAAGUCGGGCUACUGCGUCAAGCAGGGAGCUGUGAUGAGGAACUGGAAACGGCGCUACUUCCUACUGGAAGAAAACUCAAUGAGUUACUUCAAGUCAGACUUGGAGAAGGAGCCUCUAAGAAUGAUCCCACUGAAGGAAGUUCACAAAGUCCAGGAGUGCAAACAGAGUGACAUUAUGAUGAGAGAUAAUCUGUUUGAAGUCGUCACCACAUCAAGGACGUUUUACAUACAGGCGGACAGCCCAGAGGAGAUGCACAGCUGGAUCAAGGCAGUGUCAGGGGCCAUAGUGGCCCAGCGGGGGCCUGGGAGGUCUGCUGCUACAGAACACGGCGGCCGCUCCACUUUCUACCGCAGCCACGCGGGUCCCCCCGUCCCUCGCUCGCCCAUAUCUGCCAUGCCACCAUGCUACCCAGAGUGGGGGGCUGCUGUCACGUGCGGCACACGCUCGCAGCCUGGCGUGGGACAGCGAGCACUUCAUGAGCCUGCUGCCACGGCCCAGUCACAACCACACGCCAGCACGCCUGUCCCUGCAGGAGACGCGCCUGGCAAAGUGACCUGCGAGCCACCUGCGACCACCAUUGAUAGCUCUGAGGAGUCACCGUGGCGACGGCGGAGCAGCUUUGAGCCCCACAUGCCUGAACCACCCCUGGACCUGGAUGACGCUGACCUGCCAGUGAGCGAGGUCUGAGCCGUUGAACUGGGCGAUAACACUUGCUUAUCUGGUUGGAUGUUGACAAAGAUUCAGAGGAGAGAUGGUGCACAACAGGUGUUUUUAAAAAAGAAAAAAAAAAAAAAAAGGGCAGACAUUGGUUGUCAAACCAAAGCUGUUGGCGGAUGACAUUAUACGUCACAGACUCAUGUUCUGAGCUCCUCCGUCAGUGCCGUCAGUGUGCUAGAGAAACAAGUCGGGUCACCACUGAACUGCACUCAUGUGCCAAAGACGACCCAGUCUCCACCCACCACCACCUCCACCCCGCCUGCCUGCUGUCGCAUUUAUAAUGGUGUAUUUAUUUACUAAGAGUUGAUGUUGUCAGACAAAACUACAAAUUUUAGUUAACUUGUGCUGAUUAGGAUUCAGUGACAGCUUUAUUUUAACCUGUACAGGCACGACGAUGUGACAGAGGAUUUUUGUAAACCACUUUGUGCCAAGACAAAUAAGGGAGCUUUCAAGUUUGCAAACUUUUUCCUCUUGACUGAAAAGUGUGUUCAAACUGAGGACUGAUUUUUCAUCACCUCUUUUAUCUACGCAGUUAAACUGUGUGGUCCAUUCAUACACUCACUGUUGUAACCUUGGAUUUGUCUACUUUUGUUGGCUUGUGUAUGGGUCAAGCGUAGUCUGAGAUCAAACCGAAAGCAAAUUUUAAUUUUAAGAUUCUGGACGGGUGGGACAAGAUGCAAAAAAAAAAAAAAAUCAAAAAUAUUUUUAUAUUAUGACCCAGCAUGUAUGAUAAUGCAAGACCAGUGUAUUGCAGCCACAUUUAAUCUGAUUUUUUUUAUUACAGUUAACAAAACUUUGGCGUAAAUUUCUCCUUAUUUUUAAGUAUAUCUAAGGGUUAAGUGUUCAAUUAUAUAAAGGCAUCCCGAAUGAGAUUUUAGCUUACUGUAAUCGACCACAAGCUAAAUUAUCUUACAUUUAAAUCUAAAGUGUUAGUCACAGUUAAACAUAGUACAGUGGGAGUACUGUGCAGAGGUGCAAAAGCUAGAAACGUAGAUGCUAUCACAGUACAUGCAUCACUCCACAGCCUGAAUCAGCCUCUUUGCAAACUACAUUUCAGCAUACCAGACUUUACGGACUCACGUUUGGAUGACGUGGGAAGUAAACAAGAAGUACAAGGAGUACGCUUGUGUGUGUUUUGUAAUUCAUAGUAAUAAAACCUUCAACAAUAGGGCUCUCUGUCAGUUCUAGAUAAGCUUCAUGUCCCCACGGACAAGGUAAUAACAUGGUAAUAAAGAUUAAUAUACUGUAUAAACGCCAUGCAAACAUUUCGAAUAAUUGUUUACCAGAAAAAAAAAACAAGUUCAGACAGUUCCGUUGCAUGUUAACAUUUUAAUGAUUCCUCACUGUCUUUCUGUUUUUAGUUCUUAUCUAUGGCCGCUCUGUGUGUUGUGUGUGUGCAGGAUAGAGCUGUGUGCAGCAGAUUUAUUUUUUAUAUGCUUUUAGAUGUUUCUUGAUUUUAUCCCGUGUAUGUGUGUUGCCGACCCAGGAGCAGGCAGCUGCCUCAUGGUUUUAUUUAAACAUGUCUCACUGUAGUCCUGCUAAAUAAUACACACUAAUCUUUUUUUUUAAAGUGCCUGCUUCAUUUCAACCCAACCGAGUCGAGCUGUUUCACCCUCUUUCAGUCUGGUGUAAUUGGUUUGAAUUGUCUCUAUUUAUUAUGUGGAUGACUUGAAAGAAAUAAACACUGAAAAUGUGCUCAGA